UGGGAGCGAGAGGGAGGCGUGGCAGCGAUGGCGCGGUGACGUCGCGCGUGCUUCCGUCACUUCCGUUGUCAGGUGGCGGAGUCGGUGGGGGACUGGCGGCGAGGCGUCGGACGGUGGCCGGCGGGGCCGGGCCCGGAGGCGGCGAAGAUGGAACUCAGAAUGAAGCGGCGUGUGUCCGACCGAGGAGGAGGAGGAGAGACGUCAGCCAAGGCACUCUGCCUGGGCAUCUCCAGCAACAGCGCUGCCAAGCGGGCUGGGCCCUUCAUCCUCGGGCCUCGCUUGGGAAAUUCUCCAGUGCCCAGCAUCGUCCAGUGUUUGGCCAGGAAGGAUGGGACAGAUGACUUCUACCAGCUCAAGAUCCUCACCUUGGAAGAUAAGAGUGACAAAGGCACAGAGACCCAGGAAGAACGUCAGGGGAAGAUGCUGCUCCACACCGAGUAUUCCCUCCUGUCCCUUCUGCACAACCAGGACGGUGUUGUCCACCAUCAUGGCCUUUUCCAGGACCGAGCCUGUGAGCAGGUGGAAGACCUGGAAUCUAGUCGCCUGGUGCGGAAGGUAAAGAAGCGCAUCUGCCUGGUGCUGGACUGCCUCUGCGCCCACGACUUCAGUGACAAGACAGCCGACCUCAUCAACCUCCAGCACUAUGUCAUCAAGGAGAAGCGCCUCAGCGAGAGGGAGACCGUGGUCAUCUUCUACGACGUGGUGCGAGUGGUGGAGGCUCUGCACAAGAAGAACAUCGUCCACAGAGACCUGAAGCUGGGGAACAUGGUGCUGAACAAAAGGACCCACCGGAUCACCAUCACCAACUUCUGCCUGGGGAAGCACCUGGUGAGCGAAGACGACCUGCUGAAGGACCAGCGUGGGAGCCCAGCCUACAUCAGCCCUGACGUCCUGAGCGGCCGGCCGUAUCGGGGGAAGCCCAGCGACAUGUGGGCCUUGGGGGUGGUGCUGUUCACCAAGCUCUACGGACAGUUCCCCUUCUACGACAGCAUUCCCCAAGAGCUCUUCCGCAAGAUCAAGGCUGCCGAGUACACCAUCCCCGAAGAUGGGCGGGUAUCGGAAAACACUGUCUGCUUGAUCCGGAAGCUGUUGGUCCUGGACCCACAGCAGCGCCUGACCGCCUCAGAAGUCUUGGACUCCCUCAGUUCCAUCAUCGCUUCCUGGCAGUCCCUGUCUUCGCUGAGUGGGCCUUUGCAGGUGGUGCCCGACAUAGACGACCAGGUGGCCAAUCCAGAGAAUGGGCACAAGGCUAAAGUGGCGGAGGACUGCUCUCAGUACGAAUUUGAGAACUACAUGCGGCAGCAGCUGCUCCUGGCAGAGGAAAAGAGCACUCUGCACGAGGCCAAGGGCUUCUUCCUCCAGAAGCAGCGGCAGUUCGGGAACGUGCCUCCGGUCCGGCGCUUGGGGCACGAUGCGCAGCCCAUGAACCCCCUGGAUGCCGCUAUCCUGGCCCAGCGCUACCUCCGGAAGUAGCCCUCAGUGGAGGACGACCCCGGCAGCCCCCUCUCCGCCUGACCGCCUCCCGGGACCCCUGAGAAUGUAGCCGGCCUUCCCUGCGGCCGAGGCCCCUGCGGCCCGCGCAUGAGGAGAGGCCGCUCUCCGAGGCUGGGAAGGAACAACGGCCGGCGUCGGACUCUUCGCUCUCCCUUCAGACGGCCAGCCUGCUCUUCUUUAUCAUGACUCCGAAAUCUACCUCUCUGUCGUUUUUUUUAACCACACUGUUCUCUGGACUGGGACACCCAGCACUUCAGGUGGAAAGGUUUUUUGCCCCCAAAAAGCCGCCUCCGGAUGACACCAAGGGUUGACCUGCAGGCGCACACACGCAGAGCCUGUGUUUGGUUCACCUACGGUUUGAAUAAGCUUCCCCCUUCUCCCCCCGUUAAACCUCUGGGUUUCACAAAAGUCUGUUUCUCAAACCCAUUCAACACACUUCUUCCUCCCCCCUCAAAAAACCUUCCUCUGUUGGUUCAUGUUUUAAUUUAACACCUAGUUUUGAUAUCGUUCGCACAAGAUUCUAGUGCAACUGGAGACUCGGACGAAUGGAAUCGUCUUUGCUAUGAUGAGCUUAUUGCAGUGAGAUGCGGGAAGAGUUUUCAACCAGAAGCUGUUUGAAAUGUAGCUUUUUUCAUUUUUGGGAGGGCUUUUUUUUCUUCAAUUCCAAUCACUUCAUUGUUUUGGAUUUCUAUUUUGUUUGCAGUCGAUCGUUUGCAAGAGUUGUGGUAGCACUGCAUUUGUUGUGUAGAUGUCUGUCUUGCCCCCCAGCAGUUUGGCUGAAGAGAUGCGUCUGCGAUAAUUAAUGUGAAGGGUAUUUUGCCAUUGCCCUCUCCCUUCCGAUCCUGAACUUGUCCUUCUUUCCCAAUGUAACCCCCCUGUUGCCACUGGUUCAGGUUCAGGGAGGCCUAUUGUGGGGCCGUUGGACGCUCCUCCCUGCGUUGUCUUGCCACGGUCCGGACACAGCACUUCGGGCGAAGGAUCCUUUCUGAGCCACGUUCCUUGAACUGGAUGCCUCUCUUGCCAGACAAAGCCAACUCUCAAGCAACCCUUUCUGGGGAUCCUCUUCUCCCAGCCAAUUCUCUUGCCCUCCAUUCCUCCCCAGUUAUUGGACUGGGACAGGUUUGGGUUUCUCUUUCUCCUGGCCAAGAACAUUGGGGCGAAGUCUCAAGAUGGAGCCAUCAGAUUCCACCUUGAAAUGUAGGAAUUUGGGGCCUGGAUUAUGUUCUUGCACAGGUUUCAGCUCCUCAAAACCUGGCUCCAACUAAGACAGUGGAAGGAUUCUGGGAUUUCAAAUCAAUGGAAACACCUCUGUCUUUCUUGUGGCCAAAGUACAAACCAUCCUUAAAAGUGUGGGGUCCAUGGAACUCGCAUUGUCUUCACUUGGGAAGUGAUGUGGGACGGAAGAUUUACUAUGUCUCUGGGCCACCGUUUCUUCACCAGGAAGAAAGUGGGACGGAAGAUCUGCUAUGUCCCUUGGCCACCGUUUCAAAGUAGGACGGAAGAUCUGCUGUGUCUCUGAGCCACCGUUUCUUCACCGGGAAGAAAGUGGGACGGAAGAUCUGCUAUGUCCCUGGGCCACCGUUUCUUCACUGGGAAGAAAGUGGGAUGGAAGAUCUGCUAUGUCCCUUGGCCACUGUUUCAAAGUAGGACGGAAGAGCUGCUACGUCUCUGAGCCACCGUUUCUUCACCAGGAAGAAAGUGGGACGGAAGAUCUGCUAUGUGUCUGGGCCACCGUUUCUUCACUGGGAAGAAAGUGGGAUGGAAGAUCUGCUAUGUCUCUUGGCCACCGUUUCUUCACCGGGAAGAAAGUGGGACGGAAGAUCUGCUAUGUCUCUGGGCCACCGUUUCUUCACCGGGAAGAAAGUGGGACGGAAGAUCUGCUACGUCUCUGGGCCACCGUUUCUUCACCAGGAAGAAAGUGGGACGGAAGAUCUGCUACGUCUCUGGGCCACCGUUUCUUCACCGGGAAGAAAAUGGGACGGAAGAUCUGCUAUGUCUCUGGGCCACUGUUUCUUCACCGGGAAGAAAAUGGGACGGAAGAUCUGCUACGUCUCUGGGCCACCGUUUCUUCACCAGGAAGAAAGUGGGAUGGAAGAUCUGCUAUGUGUCUGGGCCACCGUUUCUUCACUGGGAAGAAAGUGGGACGGAAGAUCUGCUAUGUCUCUGGGCCACCGUUUCUUCACCGGGAAGAAAGUGGGACGGAAGAUCUGCUAUGUCUCUGGGCUACCGUUUCUUCACCGGGAAGAAAGUGGGACGGAAGAUCUGCUACGUCUCUGGGCCACCGUUUCUUCACCAGGAAGAAAGUGGGACGGAAGAUCUGCUACGUCUCUGGGCCACCGUUUCUUCACCAGGAAGAAAGUGGGACGGAAGAUCUGCUACGUCUCUGGGCCACCGUUUCUUCACCGGGAAGAAAGUGGGAUGGAAGAUCUGCUAUGUCUCUGGGCCACCGUUUCUGGCCUUCCAUGUGACCUCAUGGCCUUCUCCAUCGAUGGCUACAGCAUCCUUGAGCAUCCACAGAUGGUCCUUCUCAAGCCGCGUCCUUGGCUCUCUGGUUUCUCAGAAAAAAACCUGGACUGAUGGACGCAGAAAGACUCCUGGAAAGGCAUGAGGCCGAGACAGUGGAGCGUUUGCUAUGCUCCCCUCCCUUGAGCCAUCUCCAAGAAGUUGGGGGUCUCCUUGAUCUUGCUUCUUCAGGGCCCAUCAUUCGUGGUGACGGGGAUAGAAGGAACCCAUUGAGUGGAGAUGGGUGUAUUUCCAUCAUCCCUGAUGUGAAUGGCAGUGUUUGUUGUUAACAAGGCAAUGGAAGCAUCCCCUGAAAGCAACACCAUGAAUUGGACACAUCUACGGUCUGACCAUGAAGCGGUGCCUUCUUUUGGGCCCCAAAUUUUUGCUCCGUGUACAAAAACCGGAGCAGAAAGGCAACACUGUUCGAUGGAGGGCUAUCCGUGGCCUCCCCUCAAAGCAGAGGCCUCCAGGUGCCUUCUCUCGGACCCCAGGGUUUGGCUGCUUUUGCUCCAUAGAUUUUCUUUCCAUUAUAAUGGAAGUGGGAGACGGCCAGCAGGAAGCCGAGCAGUGCUUCCUGUCUAAAUAUAUCCCCAGGAAGAAUGACACGUUUCCUCUGGUUUCCGCGCCAAAGAGCCGUCUCCUUCAGGGCUCGGGGCCUUCGAGGAAACAGAUGACCCUCCGUUCCCCUCCUCCGGAUUCAUUCUCCCCAAAUAUUGCUGCUCUUUUCACCCCCUUUUGAAACCAGAUAGCAAUAUGCCGCCGGCAAAGCGGGUGUCCCAGUCCCGUCUGUUGCAAAGAACUGGGAGGAGGCGGAAAGGAAAUGGGGCAGUUCAAGGGGCAAGUGGAUUGGAUUUUGGGGAGACUGCAGGCCGAGACAAAGAUCCUGUUGUAAAAAAAAUUGCAAAGAGAAUUUGUAUAGAGACCUAUUUUUGUAUUACAUCCAACUAUUCCUGCAUGUCAGCAAUAAAAGUUUCGUAAGGUA